AUGUCGGGGCCAGACAGAAUAACAACACGGAAAACAGCAGCUUCGGUUGCUGCAGCAGCUGCAAGACGGGCCAGUGUACAGGGUGAUAAUGGGGGAAAAGGCGACAAAGAACAGACACACCCUUUUGCACUGCAGCUUUUAGAAUUCAGGAAAGAGAUGAUGAAAUCAAUGCAAGAAUUUACACAACUGGUCCGUAGUGACAUAGAAAAAUCUAAUUUAUCAUUGAAGGAACAAGUACAUAGAGAUAUUGAGAACUCAAACAAAGUUCUAAAAGAACAGUUUGGGAUAUUGGGAGACAAGGUUAGUAACUUGGAGACAAAAGUAGAUAAAUUAGAAAAAUUAAGAGAGGAGGUCACAGAAGUAAGGGAGGAACAAAAAGGGAUGUUAGGAUUGGUACAAGGGGUUCAAGAGAAACAGAGUGAUUUAGAAGAUCAGGUUUUACUUCUGCAAUUACGAGAACGGGACAGGACGAUCAGACUCUGA